GCUGCUUUUAUCAACCAAUCAAAUAUUUUCUUGACAGAUCCCAAAAGAUUCCUAGGCCAAUGGAGGGGGAAGCCCUAGAGCUUGUCUGCUCUUCUGGGAGGCAGAGCCUCUUGGGGGAGGGAGGGCAGAAGGGGAGUCCUGGGCAGUCGCCAGCUCAACCUGGCACUUGCUCCUCCUUGUCACUGUCAGGAUUUGUCUAGCGACCGUUCCCUGACAGGGGUGUGUUGGAGGGAGUCCUCUUUCUGACUGUCGAAAUGGUUAUCAAAGUAUUUGUUGCCACAUCUUCUGGGUCCAUAGCGAUUAGGAAGAAACAGCAAGAAGUGGUGGGCUUUUUGGAGGCGAAUAAAAUCGACUUUAAGGAAUUAGACAUAGCUGGAGACGAAGACAACAGGCGGUGGAUGAGAGAGAAUGUUCCUGGGGAGAAAAAACCUCAGAAUGGGAUUCCUUUGCCCCCCCAGAUCUUCAAUGAAGAGCAGUAUUGUGGGGAUUUUGACUCCUUCUUCUCUGCAAAAGAAGAGAAUAUUAUCUAUUCCUUCCUUGGCUUGGCUCCCCCUCCGGGCUCAAAGGUGGCAAAAUCACCGGAGGAAGCGUCUUCCCUUCCCAAUGGUGAUGUAGUGGGAGAGGCAGAGAGCACAGCAGAGGGGACAGAGAAGGCUGAAGAAGGCGGAGAAAGCGAGGCACAAGGAGAGGGCGCUGAAGGUGCGGGCGAGCUCCCCGAGUCCCCGGAGAAGGAAGAAGAGGGAGAGACCGCAGCAGAAGAGGCCGCAGACGUAACGAAGGAGGGAGCAGAAGGGGAAGCAGAGGAAGAGGAAGCUGAGGCGGGAGAAGAGGAGCCCGGAGAAGAAGAAGACUCUUAGGCCUUUUCCUGCCUAGUUCCUCGACUCUCCCAGAAAACCCACACCGAGAAGCAACAUUUCAAAUGUCUCCCCAUAAACCCCAUGAAGUGUUUUGGCCCAAAGCUAGCAUACCUGUCCCAGGAUGCCUGGGGUUCGUGGAGGAUUUCUACUUCUGACAUGGUUGAUGUACAUGAGUAUCUACUUAAUCAUAUCAAUAUGGAAUUAAAUGUGAAGAUGAUGUAUGCAUACUUUCAUGUGCUUUGCCUGAUGUUCUUGGCCUUGGCUUAACUUUUUCUGCAUGCAUGAAUAGACCUUCUUAUUAAUACUCUGAAAAAAAAAUGAUUUUAGGGACUAGAACUAACUUCUCUUUGUGUUCCAGCAGAAGAUUUUGUUGUACGUGGCCUACGCUACUAUCUGAGAUUAGCUUUGAAAAUGCAAGGCUUCCCAGAGAACUGUCAUAAAUAAAGAUUGAUAGCCAACA